CUGUGUCUUCUCCCGCCUCCAGAGCCCUCCCUCCAUGGAGUUCGGCCUGCUCAGCGAGGCAGAGGCCCGGAGCCCUGCCCUGUCGCUGUCAGAUGCGGGCACUCCGCACCCCCAGCUCCCAGAGCACGGCUGCAAGGGCCAGGAGCACAGCGACUCAGAAAAGGCCUCGGCUUCGCUGCCCGGCGGCUCCCCCGAGGACGGUUCGCUGAAAAAGAAGCAGCGGCGGCAGCGCACGCACUUCACCAGCCAGCAGCUACAGGAGCUGGAGGCGACCUUCCAGAGGAACCGCUACCCCGACAUGAGCACGCGCGAGGAGAUCGCCGUGUGGACCAACCUCACCGAAGCCCGCGUGCGGGUGUGGUUCAAGAACCGGCGCGCCAAAUGGCGGAAGCGCGAGCGCAGCCAACAGGCCGAGCUGUGCAAAGGCAGCUUCGCGGCGCCGCUCGGGGGGCUGGUGCCGCCCUACGAGGAGGUGUACCCCGGCUACUCGUACGGCAACUGGCCGCCCAAGGCGCUUGCCCCGCCGCUCGCCGCCAAGACCUUUCCAUUCGCCUUCAACUCGGUCAACGUGGGGCCUCUGGCUUCGCAGCCCGUCUUCUCGCCACCCAGCUCCAUCGCCGCCUCCAUGGUGCCCUCCGCCGCGGCUGCCCCGGGCACCGUGCCAGGGCCUGGGGCCCUGCAGGGCCUGGGCGGGGGCCCCCCAGGGCUGGCUCCGGCCGCCGUGUCCUCUGGGGCCGUGUCCUGCCCUUACGCCUCGGCCGCCGCCGCCGCCGCGGCUGCCGCCUCUUCCCCCUACGUCUAUCGGGACCCGUGUAACUCGAGCCUGGCCAGCCUGCGGCUCAAAGCCAAACAGCACGCCUCUUUCAGCUACCCCGCUGUGCACGGGCCGCCCCCGGCAGCCAACCUCAGUCCGUGCCAGUACGCCGUGGAAAGGCCCGUAUGAGCGGCCCCGCCCGUAGAUCAUCCCCGAGGGCGGGGGCAACGAUUCACAGCCUCCGCGGACUGGGGUCAUUUUGACUGGCUUGCUCCCGCCCCAGGGUCUGAAAGGGGUGUUUGGGCAGCUGGGGGGCGCCGGCUCAGGAGAGGGGCCUUCCCCUCCCAGCCCUGAGGGGUGAACUGGGCCCUACACACAGACGGCGCCCCUGGGACUAAAGCCAGGAACAGGGACCAGCUCCCCGGGGGCCAACUCACCCUUGGCCCAUCCCGCCUUCUCCAGGCUUCCCCUCCCUCGUUUUCAAAGAUAAAUGAAAUAAACGUGCGCGGACUGACG